AUGAAAAAUUCGAUAUCGAUCGAGACAAGAUCUGUAUUGCUGGCGAUAGUGCUGGUGGAAAUCUCGCAGCAGUUGUUACUCAACGAUUCGCGAGGAGGAAUGAACACUUCAUUAAGUGUCAAGUGCUCUUAUAUCCGGCUACUCACGUUUUUGGGUUUCAUCUACCGUCCUUCCAAGAGUAUUACGAAAAAUAUAAUGGAGCAGCUCUUCUAA